AGAGAGAGAGAGGCUCAUAUUGAAGCCAACCAGCUGCGCUUCUGAGUGGGAAACUCUGGACUGAUCUCAUGGCUUGCUUUUUAUUUCAUUAAUACUUCAUUAUCUCUGAAAAUGAACCAUUUGUGAAGCUCUUCUCCUAACUCUCCUUAUUCCUCUUUCACGAGGUGGCUGCUGUGCAAAGGAAGAAAUGGCAUGAAGUAAAUGACUCCAGUAUAAAGCAAUCUGCUUUGCCAAAGUGCCCAGUGAGCAGCACUGUCACUUUAAUAAUUCCAGGUCAAGGGAUUGCUUUCCUCGUCUUCAAUCCUCUCUUUUAAUACAUGGGAGGAUCAGAGGGACGUUAAAGACCGUAAGGCUGGGUGGCUUGCAGAUAAUAAAAAUGAAAGUGACUGGCCAGUGACUUCUGUUGGGUUAGAGGGUGAUGAGUGAAGGCUGUUGUCCGGUGAGGAAAAAGGGACCUUUUCAGUCUGCUGUGUAGUCACCUAACACAUAGCUAGCAAAAUUCAUUCAAGAAGUGAAAGAACUUAAAGAGUCACUUUGGAUUGUUUUUGUCUUCCUCCUUAUUUGGACUAUUUGGGCGUUUUUGUCCUGCAAAUAAUAUGUUUUUGAGCACGUACAGGUGGAGUAUUAAGACAGCUGCCUAGAGAUGGACUGUGCCUUAAUUGUAUUACAUAAAAUCUUUUAAUUUUCAAACUUUGCUGCCAGAAGAGGAGUUAUAAUAAGGUUUUAUAUUGCCAAGGAGCAUUUUCUCUUGUAUUUUUAUAGAUUCAAAUAUAUUUUAAAGAAAUUGAAAACAUCUCUUAAAAAAAAAAUCCCAAAGCUGCUUUUUUUCCCUUUUUUUUCUUAUUUGUGGGAAGCAUCGGAAGUCCAGUACAAGAAAGCAGCAAGUAUUGAUAGAAAUGAAGAUUGAAGCUGCAUUUCCUAACUGAACUGUAAAAGUGUUUUGCAAUAGAUAGCCAGUUCCUGACCUCGCAAAGUGUUCCAGUAGUGCAUCGUUAAUACCUGUAAAUAAGUGCUUGCAACCAGAUUCAGAAGUAGGAAGAAGAAUGCCAGUCAAGAAGAAAGAUACUGACCGAGCUUUAGUGCUGCUGGAAGAAUAUUGUAAAAAACUAAGGAAACCAGAAGAGCAACAACUGAAAAAAGCCAUCAGAAAGGUGAUGGGCAUCUUUAAGAGCAGCUUGUUUCAGGCACUUCUAGAUAUUCAAGAGUUUUAUGAAGUGACACUGCUAAAUUCCCAGAAAAGCUAUGAGCAAAAAAUAGAAGAAGCAAAUCAAGUUGCAGCGAAAUGGGAAAAGGCAACAUCUGCUACAGACCACGAAAAUCUGCAGAAAAACCAAGAGUCUGUAGCUUCCAAUGGAUCAGAAGGAUCUGGACAAUGUGGUGAACACAAUAAGGAGAACCAGACUUUUGAAAAUUAUGUGGUAGACAUGAAGACAAAGCAGAGCCAUGGCAGAUGCCCAUCCCACAAAUGCUCAGUCGAAACACCUGCCUGGAUACCCAUUCAGCACUCGACCAAAGGCCAAGAGGAAGAAAAUCCCACAGGUAGAGGCCUUCAGCUGGGACCUUUUCCUGAAAUGGAAUGGACUAAUGCACAGAAAUAUCGUUAUCAAGAUGAGGACGCUCCACAUGACCAUACUUUGCCUCGAUUAACCCACGAAGUGAGAGGCCCAGAGCUUGUUCACGUGUCAGAGAAGAACUUGUCUCAAAUAGAGAAUGUCCAUGGAUAUGUCUUACAGUCGCACAUUUCUCCUUUGAAGGCAAGCCCUGCCCCUAUAAUUGUCAACACAGACACCUUGGACACAAUCCCUUACGUCAAUGGAACAGAAAUUGAAUAUGAAUUUGAAGAAAUUACUUUGGAGAGGGGGAAUUCCGGCCUGGGGUUCAGUAUUGCUGGAGGAACAGAUAACCCACACAUUGGGGAUGAUCCUGGGAUAUUCAUUACUAAGAUUAUACCAGGAGGAGCUGCAGCAGAGGAUGGAAGACUCAGGGUCAACGAUUGCAUCUUGCGAGUGAAUGAGGUCGACGUGUCAGAAGUCUCACACAGCAAAGCCGUGGAGGCCCUAAAAGAGGCUGGCUCCAUAGUACGAUUGUAUGUUCGUCGAAGGAGACCUAUUCUGGAGACCGUGGUAGAGAUCAAGUUGUUCAAAGGACCUAAAGGUCUGGGAUUCAGUAUUGCAGGAGGCGUUGGAAACCAACACAUCCCUGGGGACAACAGCAUUUAUGUCACCAAGAUUAUUGAUGGAGGAGCUGCGCAAAAAGAUGGGAGGUUGCAGGUUGGAGAUAGACUUCUUAUGGUAAAUAAUUACAGUUUAGAAGAAGUUACCCAUGAAGAGGCAGUAGCGAUACUGAAGAACACAUCAGAUGUAGUGUACCUGAAAGUUGGAAAGCCCACCACCAUUUACAUGACCGAUCCAUAUGGCCCACCAGAUAUUACUCACUCUUAUUCUCCACCAAUGGAAAAUCAUAUACUCUCUUCUGGAAACAAUGGCACUUUAGAGUACAAGGCAUCCCUGGCCCCUAUCUCACCGGGAAGAUACUCACCCAUUCCAAAGCACAUGCUUGUGGAGGACGACUACACCAGGCCUCCUGAACCUGUUUACAGCACUGUGAACAAACUGUGUGAUAAACCACCUUCUCCUAGGCACUAUUCCCCUGUCGAGUGUGACAAAAGCUUCCUUCUUACAGCUCCCUAUCCCCACUACCACGUAGGCCUGCUCCCUGACUCUGAGAUCACCAGUCAUUCCCAGCACAGCACUGCAACGCGUCCACCCACAGUGAGCUUGCAGCGGACCAUUUCUGUGGAAGGAGAGCCUCGAAAAAUCAUCCUGCACAAGGGCUCCACAGGACUUGGUUUUAACAUUGUGGGAGGAGAAGAUGGGGAAGGCAUUUUCGUGUCUUUCAUCCUAGCAGGCGGGCCUGCCGAUCUCAGCGGAGAACUGCAGAGAGGAGAUCAAAUUUUGUCUGUGAACGGUAUUGAUCUUCGAGGUGCUACCCACGAGCAGGCUGCAGCUGCGCUAAAAGGAGCAGGGCAGACGGUAACAAUCAUAGCACAAUACCAGCCGGAGGAGUACGCUCGGUUUGAGGCAAAAAUCCAUGACCUGCGUGAGCAGAUGAUGAAUCACAGCAUGAGUUCUGGGUCCGGCUCCCUGAGGACUAAUCAGAAGAGGUCACUGUAUGUCAGAGCCAUGUUUGACUAUGACAAGAGCAAAGACAGUGGUCUCCCAAGCCAAGGACUCAGUUUCAAGUAUGGAGACAUCCUUCACGUCAUCAACGCCUCGGACGAUGAAUGGUGGCAGGCGAGGAGGGUCACUCUGGAGGGAGACAGUGAGGAGAUGGGAGUUAUACCCAGCAAGAGGAGAGUUGAAAGAAAGGAGCGUGCACGUUUGAAGACGGUGAAAUUCAAUGCAAAGCCUGGUGUAAUUGAUGCAAAAGGGUCAUUCAAUGACAAGCGUAAAAAGAACUUCAUCUUUUCACGAAAAUUCCCAUUCUACAAGAGCAAGGAGCAGAGUGAGCAGGAAACAAGUGAUCCAGAACAACAUGUUUCUUCUAAUGCCAGCAAUAGUGAAAGUAGCUACAGAGGCCAAGAAGACUGCAUCCUUUCUUAUGAACCUGUCACAAGACAGGAAAUUAAUUACACCAGGCCGGUUAUUAUUCUGGGUCCUAUGAAAGAUCGGAUCAACGAUGACUUGAUAUCUGAAUUCCCUGAUAAGUUUGGGUCAUGUGUACCACAUACCACACGGCCAAAGCGUGACUAUGAAGUGGAUGGGAGAGAUUAUCAUUUUGUCAUUUCAAGAGAACAAAUGGAAAAAGAUAUCCAAGAGCACAAAUUUAUAGAAGCUGGGCAGUACAAUGAUAAUUUAUAUGGAACUAGUGUCCAGUCUGUGAGAUUCGUGGCAGAAAGGGGCAAGCACUGUAUACUUGAUGUGUCAGGAAAUGCUAUCAAACGACUACAAGUUGCACAACUCUAUCCCAUCGCUAUCUUCAUUAAGCCUAAAUCAUGGGAGCCUCUGAUGGAAAUGAAUAAACGUCUUACAGAGGAGCAAGCGAAGAAAACCUACGAUCGAGCAAUUAAAUUAGAACAAGAAUUUGGAGAAUAUUUUACAGCUAUUGUCCAAGGAGAUAGCUUAGAAGAUAUAUAUAAUCAAUGCAAACUUGUAAUUGAAGAACAAUCUGGGCCUUUCAUCUGGAUUCCUUCAAAGGAAAAAUUAUAA